AUGGACGGUGAGGGCAAGCUGCAGUUCCCGUCUCUGCCUGCGACCGAAGAGGAGCUGCUUGACUGGGCUUACCCUAUGAGACGCGAAAUGCAGGAGAUUUUACCAGGACUGUUCUUGGGUCCCUAUUCUGCUGCUAUGAAAAGCAAGCUACCAAUUCUGGAAAGGCACGGUAUUACACACAUUGUUUGUGUGCGUCAAGACGUUGAGGCGAAUUUUAUCAAGCCCAAUUUUCCACAUACAUUUAGAUACCUAGUGUUAGACAUUGCAGACAAACCAGUGGAGAAUAUAAUUAGAAUAUUCCCUAUGACAAAAGAAUUUAUUGACAACUGUUUAACAUCUGGAGGAAAAGUUCUUGUUCAUGGGAAUGCAGGGAUUUCUAGAAGUGCUGCCUUAGUGAUUGCAUACCUGAUGGAAACAUUUGGAAUGAAAUACAGGGAUGCAUUUAGUCAUGUUCAGGACAGAAGGUUCUGCAUCAACCCCAAUGUUGGCUUUGUGCAUCAACUACAAGAAUAUGAGGCUAUUUAUUUGGCCAAAUUGACUAUUAAAAUGAUGUCACCAAUGCAGCUGGGUAGAUCUUUCUUGCAAGCUGGAAUGCCAGGGAGUCGUAAGCGCAGCCUGGAGGAAGAUGAAGACUUUGGAACAAUGCAGGUUACAGCCGCACAGAAUGGAUAA